GACUGGCCGCGGGGCGCGCGCGGGGCGGGGGCGCGCGAUGCGUGCGGAGGCGCGCGGGGCGGGGGUGCGGCGCCGCCAAUCCCAGACAAAGGCCGCCCCGUACAUCAUGUGGUGCCGGGAGGAAGUCGCCUUGUUGUCUUUCCUCCCGCAGCCGGACCCGGGCGGAGCGAUGCGCGGAGACCCCCGCGCGGACGGCCCACCCCGAUGAGGCCCGCGCCCCCGGCCGCGCCGCUGCGCCCCCGGCCCGAUGGCGGCCCCGCGCUGGGACCCGCUGCGCAACGACUCGCUGCCGCCCACGCUGACCCCGGCCGUGCCCCCCUACGUGAAGCUCGGCCUCACCGGCGUCUACACCGCCUUCUACUCGCUGCUCUUCGCCUUCAUCUACGCGCAGCUCUGGCUGGUGCUGCGCUACGGCCACAAGCGGCUCAGCUACCAGAGCGUCUUCCUCUUCCUCUGCCUGCUCUGGGCCUCGCUGCGGACCGUCCUCUUCUCCUUCUACUUCAGGGACUUCGUGGCGGCCAACGCGCUCGGCCCCUUCCUCUUCUGGCUGCUCUACUGCUUCCCCGUGUGCCUCCAGUUCUUCACGCUCACGCUCAUGAACUUGUAUUUCACGCAGGUGAUCUUCAAGGCCAAGUCGAAGUACUCUCCAGAGUUACUCAAGUACCGGCUGCCCCUGUACCUGGCCUCGCUGCUCAUCAGCCUGGUGUUCCUGCUGGUGAACCUCACCUGCGCGGUGCUGGUGAAGACGGGGACCUGGGAGAGGAAGGCCAUCGUCUCCGUGCGCGUGGCCAUCAACGACACCCUCUUCGUGCUGUGCGCCGUCUCCCUCUCCGUCUGCCUCUACAAGAUCUCUAAGAUGUCCUUGGCCAACAUCUACUUGGAGUCCAAGGGCUCCUCCGUGUGCCAGGUGACCGCCGUCGGCGUGACCGUCGUCCUGCUGUACGCCUCCCGCGCCUGCUACAACCUGUUCAUCUUAUCCUUUUCUCAGAGCAAGAACGUGCAUUCCUUCGAUUACGACUGGUACAACGUGUCCGACCAGGCGGAUCUGAAGAACCAGCUGGGAGACGCGGGGUACGUGGUGUUCGGGGUGGUCCUCUUCGUGUGGGAGCUCUUGCCCACCUCCCUGGUCGUGUACUUCUUCCGCGUCCGAAACCCUGCCAAGGACCUGCCCAAAGACGUGUGAUAUCCACUCAUUACCUCGGACGGCAGCAAGAAGGCACCUUUCCCAGUCCACUGACCGCCCAUGACAUUGAAGGAACAAGGAGGGGGUCCCAGAGGGGGUCAGUAAUAAACACCCCGGCCCUGGAGCCACAAGACUGGAACCCCCAACAGGGUUCCUUCCAUUUCCAACCGUAUUUAAAAGUGCCCUUUAUUUUAUAUUAAAUAUAUUUGUAGUAGUUUCAGAGAGGACGGGAGACGGAGAGAGAGAAACAUCAAUGAUGAGAGAAUCGUCGAUCAGCUGCCUCCUGCAACGCCCCCCAGUGGGGAUGGAGCCCUCAACCCCAGGUAUGUGCCCUGACCGGGAAUCAAACCUGCAACCUCCUGGUUCAUAGGUUGAUGCUCAACACUGAGCCACGCCGGCCGGGCAGCGCCCUUUAAGUCACUCUGAAAGCGCCUCUGGAAGCUGCGUGCUUCGUGCUGCCGGGAGGAGAAGCCCUCGAUACUGCCUCUCAUGACGCCUCUCGGUCACGCAAGGGACACGCUGCAGACAGCUGCUUCUACGCCGUCUCUCGUGUAAGUGAAACACGGUGUGAAAUACUGGUUCUCCAGCCACAAGUGCCAUUCCAGCACUCCAAGAUAGAUUUAUUUAUGUGACAUGUAACAUAUAUGAUAAUUGUAUCUCCUGCAGCUGUAAAACCGCCCCCUGCCGGGAAAUGGCCCCAUUCAUGCAUUCACUAGGUGAUUCCUGGGAUCGAACCCACAACCCUGGCGCACUAGGACGAUGCUCCAAACGAGCUACUGGCCUGGGCAAUGGUAGAUGUGUUUUUUAAAAACACAGUGAGAUUUAACCCCAAGUAAGUAAACCACCCAUGUCUGACCACCAAAAAACUAAAUAAAAACACAGUGAUAAAAAUAUCACUAAGAUCCUAUAAUGAUUAUACUCAUCCUAUGAUAUAUAAACACUUGGUUAUUCUGUUAUUACUGGCAGGAAAAUGGAAAUGCCCAACAUUAUUUGGUAAAAGCCAUAAUCUCUUUCGGUGAUAAAGCUGCUAGUAUUUAUAUGAAUUAUUUUUUAUUGGAAAGGAUAAAAAGUGCCUAAUUUUCUCGUCUCCCCCUUUAAAAAGGUGACGCUGAAGCACAAGUAUUAUAAGCACAGCCAGGACGUUAAGAACUGUCAGGCUAGUUUUCUCCUGUAAUAAAUGACCAUGUUUACCCUGCGAUGUGUUGCAGAUUGGGAUGGAAAGGAAGGUUAAGUUUCCUUAGUUUCCUAAUUUGCAUGCUGCUAAGUCCAGCAACAGAGCGACUCAGAUACUAAAGGCUUAGAGAAAGCGAGGAAUGGCCAUUACUGUUCUCAAGUACCCCAAUGUCCUUUUUUUAAGUUAUUAAUACAUUUUUAUGGAUUCCAGAGAGGAAGGGAGAGGGAGAGAGACAGAAACAUCCAUGGUGAGAGAGAAUCAUGGAUCGGCUGUCUCCUGCACGCCUCACAUUGGGGAUGGAGCCCAAUACCUGGGCAUGUGCCCUGACCGGGAAUGGAACCGUGACCUCCUGGUUCAUAGGUCGAUGCUCAACCACUGAGCCACGCUGGCCGGGCCACAGCCAGUUUCAGUGGAUCCUGACGCUUCAGUGUUAGAGAUCUUUAGAAAAACAAACAAACAAACCUGCCAAUACAAAAUUGGGCACUAAAGUGAGGGAAAGACGAACUUCAAUAAACGAUGCAGAAUGACCGGGUAGUCAUCUGGGAAGAACUCGGUUGCAUCCCUAACUUAUACCUUAGGCCAGAAUAUACUCGAAAGGAAUAAAAAUUUAGGUUAAACACACUAAACUAUAAAAGUUCUAGAAGAAAGUACAGGGACAUUACUGCUAUGGAAUGAAGAUUCCACUUGGGAAUCUUAGCGUGACUCCAAGUCCAGAAACCACUAUAAAACCACACGGCAAAGCCACCAUAAGCAAAGUCCCAAUAAAUGACUCCUAGGAAUUCCAGGACAGGCUAAAAACGGGCCAGAGGUAGAAACAAGGGGAAGUGCAGGCGGCUCAAACGUCAAAAGCCGUCGACCUUACUUAUAAUAAAACUACAAGCCACACCUGUAACUUUGCAUCUGGCAAAACGGAGAUUCUGACGACACCUAGAUUGUGAGGUUGUGGGUAGGCAUGGUCUGAAUGACAGGUGGGAACGGGAACGGGUGACUGACCCUUAAGAAGGGCAACGUUCUAAGACCUUUCACACACACAAGUGCAUACGGUCUUUCGCCCCAGAAUUCUACAACUGCACCCUUACAUGCGUGUGAAAUGACACCUACGUGAGGUCUGGUAACGAGCCACGUGAUUCCUAAUAGGGGGUUGGUUAAGUGAUUGCAAGCAGUCACUAAAAAAACAAACAAACUAAAAAGACGAAGAGAAAGCUACCUAGUGAUACCGGGGAGCUGCCAAGGAAAAUUAAGUGAGAAAAGCAAACGGCACGUCUGGGCCGCCACUCGGUGUAAAGCCGUGUCUGUGCCUCCCGCCGUGUGGCUGGGACCCUGAGCAAGGCCAGAGACCUCCGUGGGGGCGGGGAGGGGACACAGACAUCACAUUCCACUGUAGAGCGUUUCUGUUUUGGUUUUUGAACCAUGUGAAUGUAUUACCUGUUCAAAAAAUUAAAUAAAACAUGUCUAUUUAAAAAGCC